CAGUGCGCAUUGAUGUUAAUGUAAACAUUCAUUUUCGGGUGAACAGUUGUGAGAGACAGAUGGAAUCCCCAGACAGGGACAACGUCUUUGAUAAAUUUGUUGACAGAAAAAAGAUUUUUGAUAAACAAGAUUGUAUUCAAUGCUUUCAACGUUACGACGUUGACGGAGAUGGCUUUCUGAACAAGAAGGAGUUUCACCAGUUACUGAGUGAUGUUUUCUGUGAUGGCUCCCAGUCCUACAAGCUGACGGAGGCCCAGGAGGGGGAAAUUCUUACUCUCCUAGACCAAGACCAGGAUGGACAAAUCAGUAAAGCUGAAUUUCUUGGGAACUGCUAUUACUGGCUAAAACAAAUUUUACAGCCCAGCUCUGCUCUCAUUGUGGUUGAUGUACAGAAUGAUUUUCUGGAUGGAAACCUUGCUCUCCGUAACUGUCCCGCAGGUCAGGAUGGGUUAGGGGUCAUUCCUGCCAUUAACUCUCUCCUUGACACUGUGAACUUUGACCUCGUAGUAUAUACCAGAGAUUGGCACCCUGCAGACCACAUAUCAUUUGCAGAAAACAAGCACAUCAGACGUUUCCAUGCUACAAGCCAAAUCUCUCAGACAGAAGCCAAGGUUCAUGACACAGUGAUAUUUGAGGGAUCCUCCAUUACUGAGCAGAAGCUAUGGCCCACUCAUUGUGUUCAGGGAAGCUGGGGAGCAGAACUGCACACAGAUCUCAAGGUCCCAGAUGACAGCAUCUUUGUGGAUAAAGGGAAGAAUCCUGAAGUGGACAGCUACUCGGCAUUCUGGGAUAACAACAAACAAUCACAGACAGAGCUGGUCCAGAUCUUAUCUAAACGUAACAUCACCGAUGUCUACGUCUGCGGGGUGGCUUACGAUGUCUGUGUGGGUUUUACGGGGCUGGAUGCAGCGGACCAUGGAUUUCGGGUGAUUGCUCUGGACGAUGCUUGUCGUGGUGUAGACUUGCAGCACAUAGAGGACAUGAAGAAAUCACUGCAGGACAAAGGGGCCAUUAUAAUCAACACCUGUAAGGUGAAGGAUAUAGUAGAGGGAUCUGACCGUCCUCCAAAGCUCGGGCUCCAGACGGCACGGAAUGUGGCCCUGGCACGAACAUUAGUCAAUAACAAUAAGGUUCACCCAACGUAAUUAUCUCCCUUUCAAUUCAGCUCUUCUGUGUAGAGACUGUGUGUUUAAUAACAUCCAUCCUCAGCUUGUGUACAAGUGCAAUGUUGACGUCUGUCUAUUUCACUUCCUCCUGGAUUAUUGAUGUUUUUUUUUCUUUGAUUCUGUAUUUCAGAAUGUUUUGAUUGCAUACACUUAAAAUAAAGAUUAUUAAUAAUUUAUUUUAGAAAGUCAGAUGCUAGUGAAUAGUAUUUCUAGUCAUAAACUUUCUUAGUAAUUUCUUUUUAAUGGGGUUUUAUUUCUGUUCAUGAAUAUAUUUUUUUCAGUUAAUUGAACCUUAAUUAUUUUAAAAUGUAUAGCUUACUAUUUUUAUUGAUGAAUUUUUGUUUAAUGUCUUUAUGAUAUACAUUUUUUUUUAUAGAUUCUUGUACUUAAUAAGCAUUAUGAUUUGUCAGGUUUAUAUUUUUAGCUCACCUGAGCCGAAGGCUCAAGUGAGCUUUUCUGAUCACAUUUUGUCCGGCGUCCGUCUGUCUGUCCGUCUGUCUGUCCGUCUGUCUGUCUGUCUGUAAACUUUUCACAUUUUCGACUUCUUCUCAAGAACCACUGGGCCAAUUUCAACCAAACUUGCCACAAAGCAUCCUUGGGUGAAGGGGAUUCAAGUUUGUUCAAAUAAAGGGCCACGCCUUCAUUCAAGGGGAGAUAAUUGGGAAUUAAUGAAAAUUUGGUGGUAUGUUUUAAAAAUCUUCUUCUCCAGAACCACUGUGCCAGGAAAGAUGAAUCUUAUAGGG